AUGGCGAGUGCGGUGCUGCCGAGCGGAUCCCUGUGUGCGGCGGCAGCGGCGGCGGCGGCGGCGCCUCCCGGGCUCCGGCUCCGGCUCCGACUGCUGCUGUUGCUUCUCUCCGCGGCGGCGCUGAUCCCCACAGGUGAUGGACAAAAUUUGAUUACAGAAGAUGUGACCGUAGUCGAGGGGGAAGUUGCCACCAUCAGCUGCCGAGUCAAAAACAGUGAUGAUUCUGUGAUCCAGCUUCUGAAUCCCAACCGACAGACCAUUUAUUUCCGGGACUUCAGGCCUUUGAAGGACAGCAGGUUUCAGUUAGUGAAUUUCUCUAACAGUGAACUCAGAGUGUCGUUGACAAAUGUCUCAAUUUCUGAUGAAGGAAGAUACUUCUGCCAGCUCUACACUGAUCCCCCACAGGAAAUUUACACAACUAUCACAGUGCUUGUCCCACCACGCAAUUUGAUGAUCGAUAUCCAGAAAGACACUGCUGUUGAAGGAGAGGAGAUUGAAGUGAACUGCACGGCCAUGGCCAGCAAACCCGCCACCACCAUCAGAUGGUUCAAAGGAAACAAGGAACUCACGGGCAAAUCAGAGGUGGAGGAAUGGUCGGACAUGUACACUGUAACCAGUCAGCUUAUGUUGACUGUUGGCAAAGAGGAUGAUGGCGUCCCUGUGAUCUGUCUUGUGGACCACCCCGCAGUCAAAGACAUGCAGACACAGCGGUACUUAGAAGUACAGUAUAAGCCUCAAGUGCACAUUCAGCUGACUUACCCUCCACAAGGCCUAACCCGGGAAGGGGACACGCUUGAGCUAACAUGUGAAGCCAUCGGAAAGCCCCAGCCUGUGAUGGUGAAUUGGGUAAGAUUAGAUGACGACCUGCCACAACAUGCUGUAGUGUCGGGGUCCAACCUGCUCAUUAAUAACCUAAACAAAACAGAUAAUGGUACAUACCGCUGUGAAGCUUCCAACGUAGUGGGGACAGCUCAUUCGGAUUAUACGCUGUAUGUAUACGAUCCCCCCACAACUAUCCCUCCUCCCACAACAACCACCACUACCACCACCAUCCUUACCAUCAUCACAGACACAACGGCGACGACAGAACCAGCAGUUCACGGCCUUACUCAGUUGCCCAAUUCCGCAGAAGAACUGGACAGUGAGGACCUCUCAGAUUCUCGGGCAGGGGAAGACAACUCCAUCCGGGCAGUGGAUCACGCGGUGAUUGGCGGGGUUGUCGCCGUGGUGGUGUUCGCCAUGCUGUGCCUGCUGAUCAUUUUGGGGCGAUACUUUGCUAGACAUAAAGGUACAUACUUCACUCAUGAAGCCAAAGGAGCCGAUGAUGCAGCAGACGCAGACACAGCUAUAAUCAAUGCAGAAGGAGGACAGAACAACUCUGAAGAAAAGAAAGAGUACUUCAUCUAGAUCAGCCUUUUUGUUUCAAUGAGGUGUCCAACUGGCCCUAUUUAGACGAUAAAGAGACAGUGAUAUUGGAACUUGCGAGCAACUCGUGUGUUUUUUUAUGAAUGGGUGGAGAGGUGUGAGACUGGGAAGGUCUGGGAUUUGCUGUGUAAAAAUGUUCUUCAUAAAAGUACACUCUGCUGUUUGACACCUCUUUUUUAUUUUUUUUUUGGUUGUUGUUUUAUUUUAUUUUAUUUUUUCAAGUCCAAGUCAAACUUGGAUUUAGUUUA